AUGUGUGAAACUGUUAAAGAGGUUUGGGACAUUCUUGAAACUACAUAUGAGGGAACAAAAACGGUAAAGAACUCUAAGUUACAAAUGCUAACUUCUAGGUUUGAAGAAGUGAGAAUGAAGGAUGAUGAAACGUUUGACGAAUUCUAUGCUAAAUUGAAUGACAUUGUUAACUCUAGCUUCAAUUUAGGGUCGAGUGAUAAACCACGUUUGGUUAGGUGCCAUGAGUGUCAAGGUAUAGGUCACUAUAGGAAUGAAUGCCCUAGUUAUAAGAAGAACCAAAGAAAAGGGAAACGUAGGGCCUUAGUUGUCUCACUUAGAGAUAAUGAAUCUGAGACCAAUGAUAGACAGGAAUCUUCUAGUAGUGAGGACGAAGGAAACUAUAUGACAUUUGUAUCGACUGUUAAGAGUGAAUCUGAUAAGGAGAGUGACAAGGUUGAGGAAGAACUUCCAAACGAUAAUUCUAAAAAAGAGAAACUUGCUAGUAAUCUUCAGAAUUCACUUAAGAGUGGCAGUGAGUUAAAGUGUGUCAAUGAGAAGUUAGAAGACAAGAUUAAGACUUUGACUAGUGAAUUGAUGAAAUCUAAUGCUCAUCUCCAGACUUUCAUAAGUGGGACUAAGCAAUUGGACAAUAUUUUGGAAAUGAAUAAGCCUGCAGGAGAUAGGAAAGGUCUAGGAUAUGUUGAGGGUAAUACACAUGUUGCUGGACUUUCUAAGACUGUUUUUGUUUCUGCCUCUAAGAAAGUUAAUGCUGUUAGUAGUUCAAAUAAGGGUAAGAAUGUUCCGAGAGAACAGAGUCAUCAAUCACGUAGGAACUUCAUACCUAGAUACCCUCAGCCACGUACCUUUGAGCCUAGGUUCAUUCCUACCUGUCACCACUAUGGAGCCUUAGGACACACUAAGCCUAGAUGCUAUAGGUUAGGGAAUGAGCAUAAAAAUCUGAACAUUCCUAGUAAGGUUAGCUUUCUGUCUAAUCAGGUUAGUCAUUUGACUCAUAUGUGUGGUAAUAAGGCUUUAUUCACUACUCUUGAUGAAUGUACUGUACAAAUACAUGGUUUACCUGUGAUCUCUAAUGUGCUUUAUGUGGAAGGGGUUAGAACAACUGAUAAUUGUUAUGGAGUCUUGUCUAAUUCUAACUAUGUGUGUAGGAGUGCUAAAAUUGAUGUGAGUGAACUCUGGCACAAAAGAUUAGGUCAUUUGAACUAUAAGAGUCUAGUACAACUGGCUAAAAAAGAAUUGGUAGAUGGUUUGCCUAAGAUAGGUCCUAGUGAAAAUGUUGUGUGUGGACCAUGUUAA